GUUUUUGAAAGUAAUCGCGUCGCUUGGUCAGCGACCUUUUUUAUGAAUAAUAGAGCGUCGGCGUGCUAAUGUAGAUUGUUUAAGUAAUAGAAGACUUGCGCUUGUAAACAUUCUUCACUUUGAAGGUGUUAUCGAAAUCGUUAACAGCUCCUCGAAUGAAUCUGAGUUCUGAAAUCAGUCACUAACAUGCUUAGUGCAAUUAUGUAUGUUAUGACGCUACUGAUGUGCUUUUCUGCAGGUGAGAAAAGUCGGUCCACACAUGCUAGUUUUACUUAAAAUGACCGAUAGAUAUAAUUCGUUUUCAUUUUUAUCCAAAAAAUUUAUACAUGAAAGACUUUGAGAUUAUCAUUACGUUCCAUAACUCGCAUCUAAGGGUAAGAGUGGUGUGAUAAGUGAUUCAGAUACAUAUAUAUCCUAAAAGGCACGGGAACUUGGAUUGAAAACAAACUAACUCUUUUCCGUAAUCCAGUCUAACGACCGUUAAUUAGAGCCUACGGCAGACGCGCGUUAUACGACAAAUUAACACUUAUUUUGGAGUCUGCAGUUCUAUAAUUUUGUUCUAGGCCACGUGCACCUUUGUGAUAACAGGUGCUCUAUUAAAAGGCCACUUAAAGGUAUACUUUAGAUAAAUUUGCUACGUACUCCACAAUGCAAGCGUUAUUUGUUGACAAAUCCCAGUCACAUGACAAAAUGACGUUGAAAAAGUACCCAACUGAAUGCAGUCCGUGUCAAACUUUUCUGAUUUGACCGCCCUUUCCCCUCUUGUCUCUCCUUCAUUUCUUAUUUGUUCUUCUACAAUUCUAAACUGUUACUGGCUUAGUUGUGCUGAGUAGGUUCACUUAUAUCAAUUUUCCCAGGCGGAAGGAGACAUUCUGUUUCAAAUUUCUCUUUAGUUUGUGUUAAAGUUAACCAUAUUUUGAGCAACCCUACUCAGAAGUUUUAGCUAGAAGUUAAGAACUUCGGUGUUGAGAAAUCUUUAGUAAAGUUAAAAUACCAGCAAAAGACUUCCGAUAUGAAAAAAGGCUAAAAACGACGUUUUACUCACAGAAGAGUUUUUUUGUUCUGUAAUGAUUGCUUAAAAAAGACAAGCUGAUUGGAUAGCUGGUUUAAGUAAGCAAAGAUACAGUUAUACAGUUAGUAUUUCUUGCCCUGGUCUUGAAAGCUAGUGUCCCUGAAACAUGAAGGGUCGAUGAAGGGUUUCACCACUGUCAAGAUAGUACAAGGAUAAUCAUAUUAUACAAUACUAAACUGACUAAGUGUCGUUGUUUUUCUUUUCUAGAUUAUGCGUUCAGCCUUCGUUGUGAAAGGUGUUCCUCCGAUGUUUCAUGGCAGGAUUGUAACCAGCAGAUCACAUAUGACGAGUGCGAUACUGCCAGGACGAUUUGCAUAAAGGUACAUCAAAUGUUCCUAAUGAACAGCGGUCGGCGGCUGCAAAGGUUCAUAAAAGCCUGUUAUUUCCCUGAAAUGUGUGCAACAGAAGAGUGCAGGAAGACUGGACGACACGGGCUAAACGCUUCGUGGUGUGAGGUGCAAUGCUGUGACCAGACGGAUUUUUGUAAUGAAGGUGUAACGCCAUCAUGGGAGAAGGCUUAUGGGGAUGUGUUUGGAAAUGAUACUACAAUCCAUAAGCCGUCACGACUUCGUUUCCUUAUUAUUGCUGUAAUAUUUCUGUUUUUACUUUGGAAGUAGAGAUUUCCAACUGUCAUAUAAAACACAUGCUUACCUCGCUGUGAUGUAUAUUAGCGUUAGAUUUUGUGUCCUGUGAAACUGUACUAUUGAUUUUUAAUUGCAG